AUGGCAGCGGCACGGCAGCGACAGGGCAGCGGCACGGCAGGGGCACGGCAGGGCAGCGGCACGGCGCACGGGCAGGAGCAGCGGCAGCGGGCAGGGCACGGCAGGGCAGCUGCACGGCUCACGCGGCAGGGCAGCGGCACGGCAGCGGCAGGGGCAGCGGGCACGGCAGCGCAGCGAGGGCAGGGCACGGGCGAGGAGCACGGCAGCGGCAGGGGCAGGGGCAUGGGCGUGGGCGUCUGCGGCAUUUCGUCGAACACCCUAAGGGUGGUGUCGACGAGCCGCAGAGUGCGGCUUGGCGUCGUCGGCGUGGGCGUCUGCGAGCGUCGGGGAACGACGGGCGUGGUGAGGCGACGUCGGGGCACGGCGGGGCGUGGUGAGGCGAAGUCGGCGGCGCCGACGCCGGACAGAUGCGAGCGCGCGUGCGAGCGGGGGAGGGAAGAAGGCCGGGGAGGAGCGGCGGACUUACCCUGCGGGGCGCGGCGACGGCGACCGCGUGGCUGCGGACGGCGCGGCGUGGCUCGGAUGGCGGCGCGGCGUGGCUCCGAUGGCGGCGCGGCGUGGGUGCGGACGGCGGUGCGGCGUGGGUGCGAACGGCGGCACGGGUCUCUGCGCGUCUGCGUGUGUGAGAAUGGAGAAGACGAUGGCCGCGCGGCUAAGUGUAAAACACAGGGAAACCCCUUUGGUACCGGGAGAGUGGCGGAUGAAGUAGGGUUCCCCGGACCAUCCCUACGGGCGUCGAUUCAGCUCUGCCACCCCAGCCCUUUCUCCCAGCCGCGUCGACAUGGCUUCCAGCCAGAAUCAACCACACCGACAACAGCUACCAGUUGCACCGCCAUGGCUGCCCCGCCGUAA